AUGUCAUGGUCACGGGAAGACAAAAUUUUUUCAGCUUUUCAUUCAUAUCAGCCUCCUUUACCAUUCCCAUCUCAAGCAUUCAAGCAUUCUCUUGAGCCGGAACAAAAUAAAUUCAUGGAACAAGUUCUCUCGCUCUCAAUAAAUGCUUUAUUCCUCAAGUCGAUGGAUAAGAUUCCAAAGUUUGCAAAAGAUUUCAUGACUAAUCGAAAGGAGUUGGAAAAGGCAUCAACCAUAGUGCUUAAUAAGUUAUGCUCAGCUGCUAUCAUCAAUGGAUUGCCAAUCAAGAAGGGAGAUCCAUGGCAACUCGCUCUACCUUGUGAAUUUGGCAACUCUACUUCUAUAAAUGCUUUAGCUGAUUAUGGGGCAAGCAUCAACCUUAUGCCAUAUUCUUUCUAUAAAAAUCUCGGUCUACCAAGGCUCCAAUACACGAGGAUGACAAUUCAAAUAGUGGAUCACUCGAUCACUUACCCUCGAGGAAUCAUUAAAGACUUGUUAGUGAAGGUGGGAAAAUUUAUUUUUCCGGUUGACUUUGAGGUUCUCGACAUGAAGGAAGAUGAAGACCUUCCCAUAAUUUUGGGAAGACCAUUCUUGAGUACCACUAGAGCUCUAUUUGAUAUCCAUGACUCAAAGCUCACACUUCAUGUGGAAGAUGAAGAAAUUACUUUUGAAAUGAGUCCAAAAGUGAGUCAUGAAAAGCCACGAGAUGAAGUGAGUCAUGAAAAAUCGUGA